AUGAAAUCAAUCGUAAUUCUGUUGUGUCUGGCCGCUGUCGCCAGUGCAAGACGGGUUGAUAAGUUGCAGUUCAUCAAUUAUCUUCCCGAUGGGCUGUCUCGGCGGAUCGUCAACGGCGAGGAGGCCAUUCCCGGACAGUUUCCGUAUCAGGUCCUCAUGCUGACUGAAUUUCCCAACAACGCCAAUCCCAUUGUAACGGGAGGAUCCGUCUUGACCGUCAACUACGUCCUGACGGCGGCAACCACCUUCUUCAAUUCAGGCGUUCAAGCUACCGGAGGUACCGCUGUGAUGGGUGCUCAUAUUCGUGACAAUCAGGAGCAUUCACAGCAGCGCAUUCGCUUCGAACCUUUUGGAAUUGUUACUCAUCCGCAUUACGUUAGCAACUUUCCAAACAGACGUAACAACGUUGCAAUUGUCCGUCUUAACUCACCGAUGACCUUCAAUGACCGUGUUCAGCCUAUUCGUCUACCGUCGCGAUCAGAUACUCGUCAGUUCGAUGGACAUAUUGGAACUAUUGCCGGAUUCGGACGUAUCGCGGAUGAAGCGGGUACAAAUUCCGAUGUGCUGAUGUACACUUCGAACCCGAUCAUGAUGAAUGCAUUUUGUGUGGCCAGAUGGGAUAACGUGACUGUGCAGCCAGAUAACGUUUGCAUGAGUGGGGAUGGCGGUCGAUCGUCUUGUGCCGGUGACGCUGGUGGUGCUCUAGUCGUUCAAGACGGAGGACCCUUGCAGAUCGGAAUAGCCUCUGCUCGAGGCCAUCCAUGCUCCAUUGGCUUGCCAUCGAUAUAUACAAGAGUGAUCCAAUUUCUGUCAUGGAUCGAGGGCAAUACUGAUUACGUAGUCAGAGCUUAA